GAUACGUUGGAUACAGACACCGGAAGUAGGACAUUGCGUCACUGUAGUGGGGAAUUCAAACUUCGACAACAGGACAUCACUGAGCGAGAGGGCUGUAUAUUACAAAUACUAACUGGAAGGUUGUGUUUUCGGUGAGAUGGACAGCGCGGCGGAACUCCUCAAGUACUAUGAAGUCUACGAGACCAUCGGCUCGGGAGGCUUUGCUAAGGUCAAGCUGGGUCGCCACAUCCUGACGGGAGAGAAAGUGGCCAUUAAAAUCAUGGAGAAGAAGGAACUGGGGGAGGACCUUCCUCGUGUGAAGGUGGAGAUAGAGGCCAUGAAGAGUCUGAGCCAUCAGCAUGUCUGUAGACUGUACCAUGUUAUCGAGACUAAUACCAAGAUAUACAUGAUCCUGGAGUAUUGUCCGGGAGGAGAGUUGUUUGACUACAUCAUCGCUAAGGACCGUCUGUCUGAAGAGGAGACCAGAGUGUUCUUCAGACAGAUCGUCUCAGCUCUGGCCUACGUCCACAGCCAGGGGUACGCCCACAGAGACCUCAAACCGGAGAACCUGUUGAUAGAUGAAGACCACAACCUGAAACUGAUCGACUUUGGUCUCUGUGCCAAACCAAAGGGGGGUCUGGGAUAUGAGCUGAUGACCUGUUGUGGAAGUCCAGCCUACGCUGCUCCUGAACUCAUCCAGGGUAAAGCCUACAUCGGCUCGGAGGCUGAUGUGUGGAGUAUGGGGGUGCUGCUGUUUGCUCUGCUCUGUGGAUAUCUGCCCUUUGAUGACGACAACUGUAUGGUCCUCUACAGGAAAAUCACCAGAGGCAGUUACAACAACCCUCAUUGGCUGUCUCCUGGGAGCAUCCUGCUACUCAACCAGAUGAUGCAGGUGGAUCCUAAGCAUCGUGUGACCAUCAGACAACUCCUAGACCAUCCCUGGACAAUGUCUGGCUAUGGCACCCCUGUAGAGUGGCACAGCAAGCAACCUUUGGGUUAUAUAGAUGAGGACUGCAUCACUGAGAUGUCCGUCAGCCUGAAGAUCUCCAGACAGAGCACCCUACAGCUGGUCAAUGAGUGGAAGUACGACCAGACCACUGCCACCUACCUGUUGCUGCUUUCUAAGAAACAGAGAGGGAAACCUGUCCGGAUCAGGCCUCAACUUCCUGUCUGUGAUGUCAUGUCCUGUUCACCUCAACGCCUGGGAGUACAGACUCUACUCUUCAACGAUGAUGAUGAUGAUGCUGAGGACCGUUGCUAUGACGACGACCUGCCCUGGGUUCCGCUCACACCCCAGCAAGAGAGAGCGACCUGUCCGUCAGCUGAAAAGAGGCGGGAUCAUAGUAAACACGCCCCCACUCCUGAGAGGGAGCCAAUCGCACACCACCACCGUCACCAGGAGAGGCGGGACCGAUCCCGGGAACGGACCAAUGAAAACAAAGAGAACGUUGCCGUGGCCAAUAAGGAUGCUGAUAUAUUUGCUUUGCCCGCCCCCCGAUCCCCAGUAGCCAAUAGGAAGGCAACUCGGCCCAAUAAGAGGGUCUUGACGACACCCAACCCUGGAAGUACGACCAGACCACUGCCACCUACCUGUUGCUGCUUUCUAAGAAACAGAGAGGGAAACCUGUCCGGAUCAGGCCUCAACUUCCUGUCUGUGAUGUCAUGUCCUGUUCACCUCAACGCCUGGGAGUACAGACUCUACUCUUCAACGAUGAUGAUGAUGAUGCUGAGGACCGUUGCUAUGACGACGACCUGCCCUGGGUUCCGCUCACACCCCAGCAAGAGAGAGCGACCUGUCCGUCAGCUGAAAAGAGGCGGGAUCAUAGUAAACACGCCCCCACUCCUGAGAGGGAGCCAAUCGCACACCACCACCGUCACCAGGAGAGGCGGGACCGAUCCCGGGAACGGACCAAUGAAAACAAAGAGAACGUUGCCGUGGCCAAUAAGGAUGCUGAUAUAUUUGCUUUGCCCGCCCCCCCGAUCCCCAGUAGCCAAUAGGAAGGCAACUCGGCCCAAUAAGAGGGUCUUGACGACACCAACCCGUAAUAACACCAACAAGGUUGGCAACAAGGUAGACACACCCCAAGGAGGAGGCAGUACUUGUAAGGACCCGUCGAGGAAGAGACCGAGGGAGAGAAUGGAAGGGAAGGAGGAAGAAGAGAUGGAGAUACUGGCCUUCAGCCCAGAGAGAAGGUCCCGGUCGUUAGACCUGGCGGGGGCGUCUCGGGGGGACAGCAGCCAGAAGAGAAGGGGGGGGAAGGUUUUCGGCAGUCUGGAGAGAGGGCUGGAUAAAGUCAUCACCUUGCUCACACCCAGCAAGAGACGAGGGCUGCGGGACAGACCACGCAGGAUCAAGGCCCAGUAUAAUGUAACGUUGACCAGUCAGACCAACCCAGACCAGGUGUUGAACCAGAUCCUCUCCAUUCUACCGGAGAAACACGUCGACUUCGCACAGAAAGGCUAUACUCUGAAGUGUCGCACCCAGGGGGACUUUGGGAAGGUGAACAUGGCGUUUGAGCUGGAGGUGUGUCUGCUGCACAGACCUGAGGUGGUGUGUGUGAGGAGACAGAGGCUGAAGGGAGACUCCUGGGUUUACAAACACCUGGUGGAGGACAUUCUCUCGACGUCCAGCAUCUAGAUGUCACUACUUCCUGUCGAUGAUGUCACAUCCUGUCCACGUUCCAGAACCAAAAGCCGGUGUCUUAACUAAUUCCAUGUAGGGCAGAGUGUCUGCAGGUUCACUCCUCCCUUGUACUUAGUUAGGACCUCCCCUCACCUGGUUGUCUGGGACCUCACCUGGUUGUCUGGGACCUCACCUGGUUGUCUGGGACCUCACCUGGUUGUCUGGGACCUCACCUGGUUGUCUGGGACCUCACCUGGUUGUCUAGGACCUCACCUGGUUGUCUAGGACCUCACCUGGUUGUCUAGGACCUCACCCUCACCUGGUUGUCUAGGACCUCCCCCUCACCUGGUUGUCUAGGACCUCCCCCUCACCUGGUUGUCUAGGACCUCCCCCUCACCUGGUUGUCUAGGACCUCCCCCUCACCUGGUUGUCUAGGACCUCCCCCUCACCUGGUUGUCUAGGACCUCCCCCUCACCUGGUUGUCUAGGACCUCCCCCUCACCUGGUUGUCUAGGACCUCCCCCUCACCUGGUUGUCUAGGACCUCCCCCUCACCUGGUUGUCUAGGACCUCCCCCUCACCUGGUUGUCUAGGACCUCCCCCUCACCUGGUUGUCUAGGACCUCCCCCUCACCUGGUUGUCUAGGACCUCCUCCUCACCUGGUUGUCUAGGACCUCCCCCUCACCUGGUUGUCUAGGACCUCCCCCUCACCUGGUUGUCUAGGACCUCCCCCUCACCUGGUUGUCUAGGACCUCCCCCUCACCUGGUUGUCUAGGACCUCCCCCUCACCUGGUUGUCUAGGACCUCCCCCUCACCUGGUUGUCUAGUACCUCACCCGGUUGUCUAGGACCUCACCCGGUUGUCUAGGACCUCCCCCUCACCUGGUUGUCUAGGACCUCCCCCUCACCUGGUUGUCUAGGACCUCCCCCUCACCUGGUUGUCUAGGACCUCCCCCUCACCUGGUUGUCUAGUACCUCACCCGGUUGUCUAGGACCUCCCCUCACCCGGUUGUCUAGGAACCUCCCCUCACCCGGUUGUCUAGGACCUCCUCCUCACCUGGUUGUAUAGGACCUCACCUGGUUGUCUAGGACCUCACCUGGUUGUCUAGGACCUCACCUGGUUGUCUAGGAACUCACCUGGUUGUCUAGGACCUCCCCUCACCUGGUUGUCUAGGACCUCCCCCUCACCUGGUUGUCUAGGACCUCCCCCUCACCUGGUUGUCUAGGACCUCCCCCUCACCUGGUUGUCUAGGAUUUUUCCUCACCUGGUUGUCUAGGACCUCACCUGGUUGUCUAGGACCUCCCCUCACCUGGUUGUCUAGGACUUCAUACUGAAAGUGAAAUAACUAAAACCAGCAGAUGACUGCCCUCCAUGGAAUGAGUUUGGACACCUUCUGAUCUAGUGCCUGUCGACAGAAGCACAGAUCCAGGAACAGUCUCCAUUUCCUCAACCUUAACUAGUGUAGUAUAAGUUAACUAGUAGGGGGGGGGGGGGGUCUGCAUGAAAACUGACCUGAGAUCAGUGUCAAGUUUAAUAAGAUGACCACUUCCUCUCUUUUACAGGUGACAUUCCUUUCCUCCUUAAACAUGUUUCCUUUAAGUGUGUCGCAUUGUAUUUCUUCCCCCCCACUGAUUCAGUAGCAGGAAGGAGUUUUGAGGUGUCACGUUUUAUUCCUCCCCCCCCCCACUGAUUCAGUAGCAGGAAGGAGUUUUGAGGUGUCGCGUUGUAUUCCCCCCCCCCCCACUGAUUCAGUAGAAGGAAGGCGUUUUGAGGUGUUACGAUAUCAUAGAGCCUUUUAGCCUCGCAGAAUACCAGUCUACUGAAAGCAUUCAUUCUUUACAGAAUACCAGUCUACUGAAAGCAUGAAUUCUUUACAGAAUACCAGUCUACUGAAAGCGUUAAUUCUUUACAGAAUACCAGUCUACUGAAAGCAUUAAUUCUUUACAGAAUACCAGUCUACUGAAAGCAUUAAUUCUUUACAGAAUACCAGUCUACUGAAAGCAUUAAUUCUUUACAGAAUACCAGUCUACUGAAAGCGUUAAUUCUUUACAGAAUACCAGUCUACUGAAAGCAUUAAUUCUUUACAGAAUACCAGUCUACUGAAAGCAUUAAUUCUUUACAGAAUACCAGUCUACUGAAAGCAUUAAUGCAACGUUUGUUAGUUUGUACAUAUACCAGUAAUAGGAUCCAUAUUUACUUAUUUCUCUAUCAUGUCUUUUACAUUUCUAUGAGACGUUGUUGUUUUUAAACUCUAUUUUUUUGUCAGAUGAUCUGUCUGUCUGUGUAAGAUUUAUUGUUAAUAAUUGUAAAGGAUCCAAAAUAAAUGGAGUUUGUAGAGA